AUGUUCACAUUUUCCUCUGUUCCAAUGAAAAAGAAUAAUGGAAAACAAAAACAAGAAAAGAGAAAAAAAAAUCAGUGUGGAAGGAAAUAGGAAUUACAGUCUGCAGAGGAAGUGAGAUUGUAUUUGUUCCCCAUUCAUGGCUCCCAGUCUCACUUCAAACUCAUUUCUCCUCACUACUCCGCCUCGUUCGAAGCAGCUCUCAGCCAGGAGCUACAGAUUGACUGUUUUUGCUAAAGGGUCAGGACCCUUGUCUAAAUUCAGCCUCGGCAAAAAAGAGAAUGGAAGUGAGGAUGAAUCUUACAAGCCGAGCAAUGGAAAGAAAAAUUUCUUUUUCGACCUCAGCAAGAUUAAUCCGGACAUGAAGUCUUUAAUUCCAGUUGUGAGCAAGCCAGCUUCAGGUUUGUCAUUCGGAAACUCAAGGCGUAAGGAUGGUAAUUCGGUGUUUGUUGCUGGUGCAACUGGGCAAGCUGGAGUCCGCAUUGCACAAACAUUAUUGCGCAAAGGGUUCACGGUCAGGGCGGCCGUUCCUGAUCUUGGUGCAGCUCAAGAACUAGCUCGUUUGGCUGCUGCUUACAAGAUCAUCUCCGCUGAGGAAUCAAAACGACUCAAUGCUGUUGCAUCAACCUUUAGUGAUUCGGAAUCCAUUGCAAAGGCUAUGGGCAAUGCCACCAAAGUUGUAGUCACAGUUGGCCCUUCAGAGAAUGGGCCUUCCGCCGAGGUCACCCUCGAAGAUGCUCUACUAGUUGUUCGAGCCUCUCAACUAGCUGGUGCUAACCACGUUGCCAUAAUCUAUGACGGGACCACAGGAGGGGCAUCUUCCAAUAACGUUCUAAAUGGCAUAUCUUCGUUCUUCAACAAUUUUUUCUCGAGAGCUCAAUCAUUAAACAUGACAGAGUUUGUGGAGGAGUUGGUGGAUACAAAUGUGAACUACACCCUCAUAAAGACCAAACUGACAGAAGAUUACUCUCUGGAGAAUUCUUAUAAUGUCGUUAUAUCAAACGAAGGAACCUCUACCAGUCAGAAGAGCGACAGCAAAUGUAAUGUAUCUACGAGCCAGAUUGCAUCCUUGGUGGCUGAUGUUUUCACAAAUACAGCUGUAGCAGAAAAUAAGGUGGUUGAAGUUUCUACAGACCCCUCGGCAGCAUUGAAGUCCACAAACGAACUCUUCAGUGCUAUUCCUGAGGAUGGAAGGAGAAAAGCGAAAGCAGAAGCAUUAACUAAGGCAAAAGCAGAGGAAGAAGCAAUAAUAGCUGCUGCGAGAGCUAGUGAAGCAUCUGAGGCUGCUAAGAAACUUACAGAAGAAGUGCAGAAGCUAUCAGAGCAAGAAGCUCGAGCGUCAAGUCUUGCCAAAGAUGCCAAAGAAAAAGCUGAGGCUGCAGGGGCUUCAAUGGAAAGCUUUAUGAAUAAAGCAAAAGGCAUUAGUUCAGGUUUGUCAUGGGACAAAUUGAGUUCACAAAUUGCAACUGCUGUUCAAAAUAAGGCCGAGGACUUAAACACCCCGGUCGCUACUGUACGGGGCCAAGCCAAGGCUCGAAACUUACCAGCUCAAAAAGCUGUUGUCAAACAAUCAAAACCAAAAGCAGCAGUGGCAUCAUUUAGGCAAUCGAAGCCAAAAGUGGAACAAAAUGAAGUUAAAAAGGAGGAGAGGAAGAUUUUUGGAGGCUUGUUCAAGCAAGAAACAAUCUACAUGGACGACUGAGUCGACCGAUCAAUAUUUUGUUGUUAUCACCUGUCAAGUAUUAACAUUGUUCAGUAAAUUUGAAGAAAUGUUGUUUUUUAAAGCCUGAGCUUUUCAGCUCUGUGGUGGUUACAUUUGAAACCUCACAGUUUUUCUUGGCCGCACUCUAAUUAGUUGCCACAUCCUGUCACAGUAGUGAUGUCAUUGUUCAACCAAUAUAAAAAGAUAAUGCAUUAAAAUA